CCGACCCAGGCUGAGUCAAUAGUGGCCGCCAGGUGAGACUGUACCCACCUGUUGGCUAGGUUUUUCCCCUUCUUCUAAACGUGGGGCCACAAGUAAGUAAGAACGGCUACCAGACUGGCAAAAAAAAAUUGAAGUGUCUUUCCCAGAACUUCUGAAAUGAUUUGUACAUAGUUUAAACACUUAAAUCGCCAGGCUGUUCUUAAAAUAAUGACCAAUAGGAAGAAGUGAAAAAAAUACAAAUGGGAAAUGCAAAGCAAUGGAAGUUGGGAUGGUGACCAGAUUUUCUGCUAUGGCCACUUGCAAGGAAAUGAGAAUGUCUCACUGGCUGCACUGCCUCGGGUGGUUAAUCAUGCUGAUACCAGCACCUUCAUACUGUGCAGAAACAACACACACUACGUCUAUUUUGACAUUCUCAGAAGAUAAAGUGGUCAAAGACUUCAUUCGAUUCAUUAAUGCAACUGACAUGGUGGUGGCCAAUUAUAAACUUUCAAUUGAAUAUUUAUGUUCUGAACCUAGUACUGUCGGUGUUGAGGUCAUUGUUUCAACAGAUGUCAAAAUUGGAGUCAACAUUUACAAGAAAAAAUGGAAAUGUGAGAAACAUAUUGAUGCUCCCAGCAAUAGGACUCUGUGGGUGAAAUUUCCAAGCAUCAUGUUAUACAGACCGGAUUAUUUCAUUAGGCAAUCUAUUGCCAUUAGCAGUGUGUUACUAAGAGCCUGGAUUGUAAAUAACAAUUUGGGUGCUCAUGCGAAUCAUAAGGCAAAUUUUUAUGAACAAGCUCUGGCUCGAACCUACAAAUUGCUGAAGACAUUCAGCCCUUUUGAGAGACCAUACAAAGAUCAUAAACACUGCCUUCAGUGGGACACAGAGAAGAUACUAGCAAUAAGAGAAAAACAUAUUCUCCAGUGCUUGCUUGAAAAUGAUGUUGUGGAGCUACUUGAUUUUCCAUUUGCAUCAACAGGAUCAGGUUUUGGAAUAAUAAAAAGGCUAAAAAAGUUUAAUAACCCAGAAAUGGAACUGACUGGUAAACAACUUAUCAACAAUCCAAGGUUUACUGUAUCAAUAUGGAUUUAUGUACUCCAUCCUUGCAAACAGCAUCUCUGUGGCAUCUUCCAUCAGAUCAAUGAAAAGCAGAAGUAUGGCACCCCACUGCUGUUCCUUACAACUAAUGGUAAUAUUCACUUUCAGGUGAUAUUGUCCUCUGGAAAAUACAUUGCAGGAUUAUCAAACUUCAGAUUAGCUUUGAGGCGAUGGUGUCGAUUGGAUUUCACCAUACAAGGCAAACAUAUGACUUUGACAGCCAGCUAUGGAGCAAAACUACAAGCCAAAAAAGAGGCAUUUUAUACCUUUCCUGGAGAUGUUCAUUACAACGUUUCAGCUGGAUACUUUAUACUUGGGGGCAGCAACAAUGUACAGAGUUUUCAGGGAUUUCUUGGUCCUGUGAAAUUUUACCGGGUCGUAAGUCGAAAAGGAAGAGAGAUUUCAAAUCCUCUUGAAAUUGCUCACAAUCUCGACAAACAUAUUGAUCAGUACUAUCAAAAAUGCAAGCAUUUCAAUGCAUUCAUCAUCAACUAUUUCAAGUCAUUUGGAUUACACAAGAAAAUUGAGCAGAAGAGAAGAAACAGUAAUUACUACUUAUGGUUACUGAAUCAAUAUGGGCCAAUAAAUAAUGAUGACAAUAAGUGUCCAGUGUGGCCAUGGGGGCAAAGGACAGAUAAGCACUAUGCAGCAUUAUUUGAUCUACUUCAAACAAUGGAUUCAGAGUCAUUUCAAGAUUUCACUCAUUUACCAAAUUUACAUUCCAUGCUGCUUAAAGUUGGUGAGAAACUUUUUUGGAAUACAAUGAAGAAACUUGUUGGUGCAAUUGGUUUCAAGCACGUUGGCGACCUGAUCCCAUCAUUAACCGUGGCCAGCUGCUGUGGUUACUAUAAAGCAGCCUACUUGCUGGGAGUCAUUUUUGAGACAGGUCUGGGUGUGGAAGUACAACUGUCAAAGGGCAUGCUGUAUAGUCUGGUUGCUGCACAAGGAAAUGACAGACUUGCAUUAAUGCACCUUGGAUACAAGCAUAAUCAGGGGAUUGAUGGUUACUCCUGGGAUUAUGAUGCAUCAUAUGGUUACUACUUAAACAUUGCCCAACGAACUAUUAAAGAUCGCCACGUAUUUGAUGGUGAACAGGCUUUUGUUGAAUCUGUAAGGUUAAUGGAUGAUUCAGUUUUGCAGCAUCAAACUAAAGAAAACCAUGACCUCUUUAUCUGGCUCCGAUACCAGGCAGAGCGUGGAGAUGCAUUUGCUCAGCAAAAACUUGCAAGAAUGCUUUACUGGGGUCAACAGGGUAUAACACGUGAUGUGCAAGCUGCAUUAAAGUGGUAUUCCAGAAGUGCAAUGGAGUCAAAAAAUCCAUUAUCAUUGUAUGAGUAUGGACUUUUUCUUAUUAAGGGCCAAGGUGUGAAAAAGAAUACAAGGUUGGGUUUAAGAUUUAUGAACGAAGCAGCCUCCAAGGGAUCCCAUGAAGCACUUAAUGGUUUGGGAUGGUAUUAUGAAACCGUUGAAAAGGAUUUUGUGAAAGCUGCAGCUUAUUGGGAAGAAGCAAAAGAAAUGGGCAAUCUCGAUUCAAUUCAUAAUCUUGGAGUACUUUAUGAAACUGGAAAAUAUCCCGGCAAACCCAUCAAAAAUGUGACUGAAGCAUUUCGAUACUACUAUGAAGCUGGAUCUGGUGGACAUUUUGAAAGUCUAGUUCGCUGCUCUUUCUUCUGGAGUACAGGAAAUUUUGAAUCUAUUCCACACAAUCCCAGACAGGCAGUCCUUUGGGCCAGGUUUGUCGCUGAGCGAAAUGGCUAUUUGGGUUUCCAAAUGAGAAAAGCUCUGGAUGCUUAUCUUCAGAGAUCCUGGAAAGAAGCCCUGCUGUAUUUCCUCAUCACGGCGGAAACAGGAAUUGAGUCAUCUCAGACAAACAUAGCCUACCUCUGUGAAGAGAAAGCACUCAUAAAGAGAUGUGCUGAUUUUGCCUGGAGGUAUUAUAAUUUAUCAGCUUUCCAGCAUACCACACAGCCUUUUGUUCUUGUGAAAAUGGGCGAUUUCUACUAUUAUGGCUAUGAUAGCCAUAAAAAGGAUAUUGAGCAAUCAAUUAACAUGUAUGCCUCUGCUGCUUUAUGGAAUUACUCUCAAGCAUUUUAUAACUUGGGCUCACUGGCAGAGGAGGGCCUUCACAUACCAGAGAGCGUUUUAGAUCUGCUAAACCUGAACACGAGGAAACAAUCCAAUGAUAUCACACUUCAGCAGGAGCUAUAUGAGAGGUGUAUAAGUGUUAAUAUUGAAGAGGCCUUCAUCCCGUGCUCGAUAGCUUUGCUUCGCGUUCGCCUGAAAUCAAUAUGGAUGAGUAACUACUCUGCACCUCUGUUGUUCACUGCAAUCUCGAUGUGCCUUUCAACAUUGAUUUGUUUUGCUAUGAAGCACUACUGGAAUUCCACAGCAGCGGCCUCCACAGCAAGAGCAAAUGAACAUCCUCCAGAUUUGAACUCUCCUAUAGAAAAUAUUCAGACAGCAGUGGCCUCCACGACAAGUGUACAUGAACAUCCUCCAGAUUUGAACACUUCUAGUGAAAAUAUUCAGACAAGUGAGGCAAUGGCUGAAGAAGCAUCAUGACAUUAAAUUGCAACAGGGUCUCCAGAACUGAAUGAGACAAGGCCUGUGUAGCAAUUGCACCACGGGCAGUUUGAUCACGAAGAGGAAGUUAAUUGAAUGCAUCACAUUUGAGGGUAAUUCUACUCAUUGCAGUCACACAGAAGCAACUUCUUCAUCCUGGUUUAUCUCAAUCAGUAGUUAUGCUCCACAUGAACCACUUCCAACUUUACUCCAUUGAAUUUUAUUGAUGCAUUAAUCUAUUCCAUUAUUCCUCAUGUAGUUAAUCAGCUUCUCCAUAAAUGUUUUUAUUAAUUGCCUCAAAUACUGAAUAUUGCAUCAGGCUUCAUGUUCUUACCUUUCCCUGAGUAAACAGGUUUCCACUGAAUUCCACAUUACAUUUAUUAGCAACUAUCUGAUGUUUAUAACCUGAAAGUAUUGUACUGUCACACCGGUGAUGUAUCUCCACUAAAUUUAUCCUAUUAAAACUCUUCAUAAUUAUAGUAAUCUCACUAUCAGGAUGUCCUCAGCCUUAAGAGUCCCAGUCCAUUCUAUCUUUCCUGAUACAUACCAGCUUCUGAGUUUGCUAUCCUUGUAACUCUUUUUAUAGGUAUAAAGAUCAGAGUUUAACAAAUAUCCUAAACCUAGUCUAGCACUUAUAACAUUACUUCAUUACUUUUUAUUUCCUCUGAAGUUUCCCUGGUGCCUUGUUCAUAUAUUCGCAGAUUUAUCCACUAGUAUUUAAAUGUUUUACAAUUCUGUAUUCCCUCAUCCAUUUGUUCUUCUCUAUCAUUUAUACAUUUUUAUGAAUAUAGGGAAUUAAUUAAUGUAUUUUUUAAAAUUGUGUGAAGAACCUUUUGCUAGAUAUCACUGAUAUAGUUUGUGUAAUGUAUAUCAGCCAAUGAUUAAUUUUAUGUGCAUUUUCAGUUGAGCUAAAUUAUUUAGUCACAAUGGUAAAUAAGAGUUAAAUAUGAAUAUAAUCUAAAUAUUGAAACUUUGCUUUGGUUAAUGACUUUGAGGUAGUCAUUGCCAAAAACAAUAUGUUGCUGAUUAAAGUCAAUUAAUUUUCUUUCAAUAAGGAUAGAAAUCUUGCUAAUUAUAACUCUAAGAAUCUCUGUCCCUCAUUUCAAAGAUACUGACAUUUUUCAGCUUUGCAGCAUUAUCAGUUUUUAUGUCAGUUUUU